AUAAUUAUGACUAAGGAAUUAUGAGUGCCUAUUACAGCUUUGCUGUUUUGCUAACUGAAUGAACUAAUAUUCUUGUGUUGCUCAGGAGACUUAACCCAUGGGAGCGUACGUGUUGGAUCAAGCGACACACAGCUCUCAAACAAGCCCAAGUAAUCACAAGAGAGUCAAUAAAGGAUCCCCGUCUGUUCCUCCACAAUACAAUACACUCUCCCUGUGGACAAUUAACUUCACAGAAACCAUUGUGCACAGCACACACAUUAUCACACACACAUAUAUAUACACAGACAACCGCACAUAGAGAGUCAGUAUGCAUGGAUCUCUUGAUCUCAAAUCUUGUCCUCCCAAUGCUGUAUGUUUUUUUUUUCUGAAAAAGAAAGAUCUCUUGACAUAAUCUACAGCGCAAGGUAUUCUGGGAGCAUGGACUGCAAGGUUUGGGCCUAAUUUUAACAAGUGUCCCUGAAGACCGGCCUCUAUAAAAGCUUUGGAAAAAGUAAGGUGAGCAUACGAAUACAAGGAGGUUGGCAGAAGUGUCUCAAACGGAUGUAAUCGCACUGAAAAACAGGACUGUCAAAACAGCUUGCAAGUUUCAGAGGGCUAUGAAAUCACACGGAUAUCUUUGAGGCUCAGUUAACUGUUGGUCACAACACAAGUGGUAAUGAAUCGCUGGCGGCAGUCAGUGGUGGAGAUCCAAACCAGAAAGAGGCAGGUGAAUGAAAGUGAACGGGCACAUGCCGCCCUGAGUAAAGUGACAGCCUGCUUCCAGCAAAUGGCAACCUCCUUGGGGAGCAACAUUGACGGGAGCUUCCUUAGAGAGGAGCUGGAUGAAACCAGGAUAGUAGCUCAUAAAAUAUGCUCAGGGCUUCACCGGAGGCUGCUAGCUCUGCUGACAGAAAUGGAGCAAGGACAAGAGGACAAAGAACAGGUUGAACGACUUUGGGCGAUCUUCUUGUCCAGCUUGGAAAACUUCCAGCAGGACCUAAAGAAGGUCAGAGCCUUGCAAGAGAUAUUCCCCCUCACCCAGCGCAAAGAUCGACAAGCCCUUGUCAACACAGGUUAUGCAGGUGGAACUUCAGAAGUCGCAGCUCGAGCAGCGAUGGUGCAGACGCCAUGGUUAUCAAUAGAGGAGACGGAAAGACCAGACCUGAAGACCCACAUAAAGGAGAUUGACGUUCAGCUUGAAGAAAUGUUCCAGAGAGUUAACGUGCCACUGUGGUCUAUUGAACCCACACAAGAAGCUGAUGGUGGGCAAGAAGAGGAUGAAAGUUUGGAGGACAUGAUGGAAGUGGAGGUGGUGUCUCAAAAUAAUAUAUCAGGUUGUUGCCAGCACCACAACUGCAAAGUAGGCUGUCUACUAUGUCUACUCAGCUAA